AUGGCGAAGAAUUCCCCUCGAAAAAAUCAGACGACUUGUGGAAUCUGUGCCAAGCAUGUGUCCAGCAGUGACGGCUGCAAGAGGUGGUGUGACCAGCAUCCAAGGUCUGCAAUCGGACCUCCCAAUGUCUGGAGAGUGGAUAUGGAAAAGCCGUCGGUGUGCAAGUAUAUUAGUAGUGUUGCAGCCUCCAGUGACCCGACCAAGAUGGAGGCACUGAACCCUGGGGUGACACCGGAGUCUGAGCUACGCGCCACGAGCAGAGAGGAGGAAACACGGAAGUCUCGGAUCCCUCUAGAACCUGACACACGAGCGACACCGACUCCUGCAAGUACAGACCCCCAAGCAGACCGCGACCUCCGUGAUGCCAGCAAAUGGGGAAACGUGGCGGCUGUGAAGCGCAUCCUGGCAGCAGGACGGGCUGACGUCAACGGUAAAGACUUGUAUGGGUGGACACCAGUGCUGUGGGCAGCACGGAAGGGACACAAAGAAGUGGUGGAGCUCCUGGUGAGGAAAGGAGCUGAUGUGUCUGUGUUGACCUUUAACGAUGACAACAUCCUUCACCUCGCAUGUAUGGGUAGUGAUGUGGAGACGGUGAAGUAUGUGCUGUCACUGAACGUUGUGGACAUCAACGCCAGGACCAAGGGGGGACGGACCGCGGUCUCCUGGGCGAGAUACUUGAUUCAUCGGCGAGUGGAGAAUCUGCUUAUGUCCCGCGGCGCUCAGUGA